AAAACCAAUGAGGCGUGGGUCUCUCUCUCAGAGCGCGUGAGUGUCACUGCUGUGUAAGCGCGCACAUUGUCUGUGACCAGCAGCCACCACAACUCCACAGAGCGGAGAGAAGCGGCUACUCAACUCGCCUUUUCCUUGACCAAACACGUUCAGAGUAGUGCGUUUGUAUUUAUAUUACUUAUCAGGGUGAUAAAACCUGUGGAACGAUUUGGUCUGUAUUUUUUUUUAAUUAUUAUUCAGUUUUGCGGUUGGAAAUUCAGAAAUGACAGAAUGCCUGGGGAGAAACCUACAACUCAGGUGCACGGCGGAAACACGCUUGUAAACAGCUAAAGUGAGUAACGGUAGUAAGUCCCAGUGAAGGUCUACCCGAGCCGCUUUAUGCAGUCUAGUAGCUGUUUCCUUAAAUACUUUCAAUGAAAGGCUGAGCUGGACCUAAGGGACAUGCUGGUGAACAGGUAAAUUGAGAUUUACAGAGGGGUGUCACCACUGACCCUGCAGUCACAUCAGUGUACUCCAGAGUGGUUUAGCAGCUGAUGCCAGGUUAUUUCUAUCCCCUCUUUCCAUUAAAACAAGAUAUCAUUCAUUCAAGAGGAAUGGAUGGACUGGCCAAUCAUCACACCUAUUGCUGGAGCCAUUGAGUGGCUGAGGGAAGUCCCACUGAGCAAUUAUCGGGAGCACAACUAUGUGUGUCUCUGAGGAUGUCCUUUCACACCGGUUGAUGGCACCAUGUCUUCUCCCCUCUACAUUGUUCUUGAGCUCCUGAUUGGGGUUUUGGCUGUGGCAGGGAACGUUCUGGUGUGCUGGGCCGUUUGCCUUAACAGUAACCUCCAGAGCAUCACAAACUUCUUUGUGGUGUCACUGGCUUUGGCGGACAUCGCAGUGGGACUACUGGCCAUUCCGUUUGCCGUCAUCAUCAGCACGGGCUUCUGCAGCCAAUUUCACGGGUGCCUCUUCAUUGCCUGCUUCGUGCUGGUCCUCACACAGAGCUCCAUCUUCAGUUUGUUGGCCAUUGCCGUGGAUCGUUAUAUCGCCAUCAAGAUCCCAUUGAGGUACAACAGCCUUGUCACAGGCCGAAGAGCCAAAGGCAUCAUUGCGGUGUGCUGGAUACUUUCAGUGGUCAUCGGUUUGACCCCCAUGCUAGGCUGGAACAGGCAUGUCGCCGAGGGCACCAACAGCUCCUGUCCUAAAGGUAUGACGGAGUGCCUGUUCGAGAAGGUGGUCACCAUGGGUUACAUGGUUUACUUCAACUUUUUCGGCUGUGUCUUGCCCCCGCUACUUGUCAUGCUGGCCAUCUAUGCACGGAUCUUCAUGGCUGCCCGUCACCAGCUCAGACAGAUGGAGCAGAAACUAGUACACUUGCAAGGACAUGCCCACAAGGAGGGAUCCUCAUCCCGGUCCACACUGCAAAGGGAAGUCCACGCGGCCAAAUCUUUGGCUAUCAUCGUGGGCCUCUUCGCUGUAUGUUGGCUCCCAUUGCAUAUUAUUAACUGCUUCACACUGUUCUGUCCACUGUGUGAUCGACCUCAGGACUGGGUCAUGUACCUGGCCAUAAUGCUUUCACAUGCUAAUUCAGUAGUGAACCCCUUUAUAUAUGCCUACCGAAUACGUGAUUUCAGACACACCUUCCGAAGGAUCAUUCGACGGCACUUCCUGUGGCAUGGAAACAGACUGGCCACUGGUAACAGCAAGGGACGCAUGGCUGCUUCUUCUGCUGCAGUCAGUGUGAUUGAGAAUUCUUGUACAGUGUCCAGUAGCUAUGUAUUGGAUGGCAAUCCCAUUCCUGGCAUGGUUUCCUGUGAUAAAUUUACAAAGCAAAUGCCACCAAGAACCAGUCCUCAAACAGAAUUCCAAGACUUAGGAUACAGUUUAAAUGGAACUUUGGAACAUUCCUUUCCCACCAAUUCGACAAAGAUUUUCUCAUUACAUACUGGGGAGGAAGUUCCCUCCAUCAGGGACCAUGUAGAAAUCAUGACUGUAAAAGACUGCAGUGCUAUUACUAAUGGACAUGUCAGAUGUCUGGUGCCCAUAAGGACAAGCAACUCAUCUGAUCUUGCAGAAGUGUCAUGACGUACACUUCCACGAGAGUUAUUCCAAAGGAAGCCUGUUUCAUUCUUUAUCACUGGUCUGAAUUGUUGUGCUAGUGAUGGUGACUUCACUUACAUACUAUCAAGGGUCAGGAAAGAUAAAAUUAUGUGAGGAUCAUAUAGCUCCUGUGGGAACCCUCACUACACAAAUUCCAGGAAUUUUCAGACCUCAUGAAGAACUUGUUUGCUGACAUUGGAAACAUAUAAGCUUUUGAGCGUUUCCAAAGCUUAUAUGUUUCCAAGGAGCUUUAUUAAAAGAGCAUUGUUUGCUGGUCAAAGUGGGAGAGGCCUGAAGGAUUUAAUCAAUAUUCUGGGGAAUUCAGCUAAAUCUGUUAUGACCAUGCCAUGAAAGACUUUGAUGUGUGGCAUGUUUUAAAGAAGUUUAAUCUUUCUGUUCUUUUUUUUAUAGUAGGUGUUUGUCCAAACUGAGAACAUGUACAGUCAAUGCAACUGCCAGAGCCUCUGUAAUGUAGAGCUGCAAGAUUUGGGGAAAAAAAUCAUAUUGCAAUUUUUCUGAUAAAAUGCGUUUAAAAAAAACCUCCAGGUUUGUUAAAAU